AUUUUUGACAGCGCUUUACGUUUGCAUUCAUUUGUAAUUUAAUUGUCAUUUCAAUCAACACUUAAAUUGCAUUCAAUUUUAUUACACUAUUAUUGAAAGCCAUUUAAUGUUAAGUUUAUGUCUUUAAGAUCUCUCUUAACAAAGUUUAAGAGACUAUUAUCACUGGAAACAAGUGUUGAUCACAACCAGAGAAUUGAAUCACAACUGAUGGCAACGAUUAUCAACUCAUCGGUUAAGAGGAAACUCAAGACAGACGAAGAGAGGGCUGCGGAGAGAGCAGCCGAUGGCCAGACAUCGGAGUUAUCAACGAAGAAGAAGAAGAAGCAGAAGGCGAGGGAGGGGUCGACGGAAGCGCCAAAAUACUCUUUGGAUGACUCGGAUUAUUACGUGGAGAACGGACUCCGAAAAGUGUAUCCCUAUUAUUACACAUACUUUUCCCAUUGCAAGGGCCGAUGGAUGGGACAGGAGUUACACACUUUCUAUAGCAAAGAGUUUAGGGGUCUCUCCGACGACCAGAUUCGAGAGCGCAUUGAAAACGGUUUACUUCUGGUCAACAACUCUAAGGUCGCCAUCGAUUACAAACUGAAGGGAAAGCUGUGCGAAAGCGUAGCUGAGGUAGCCGUGCUCUCAGGGCAUGACAGCCGCGGCUGUUUGGCGGGAGAUAAGGGCACUCACGACACGUGUCUCCAGUUGACUGUCCCGACUCAUAGCCUAACAACUAUUGUUAUUGUAUCGCAGAUCCAUCCGUGCGGUAAAUACCGACACAACACACUUCAACACGUGUUGGCCAAAGAGCACAAAAUUACUGAUCUCUACACCAUUCAUCGUUUGGAUCGAUUGACUUCUGGAGUAUUGAUGUUCGCGAGAACGGCGGCCACCGCUCAGAGACUACACGAACAGAUCCGUAAACACGAACUCGAAAAGCAAUACGUGUGUCGAGUUGUCGGCAAAUUUCCUGAUGGUGUCAUAACCUGCGAACAGCCCAUCGAAACGCUAUCGCAUAAAAUCGGCAUUAAUGUGAUUGACCCGAACGGCAAGCCCUGCACCACAACCUUCGAGCGACUCAACUAUAACGGGAAGAGCAGUGCAGUGUUGUGUAGACCGAAAACGGGACGAAUGCAUCAAAUUCGGGUUCACCUCCAAUACUUGGGUCAUCCCAUACUUAACGACACUUUCUAUAAUAACGACGCCUUCGGUCCCAAGAGAGGCAAAGACGGCGAUUACGGCAAACCUAAAGACGAGGUGAUCCAAGAUAUCGAUAAACAACACCAACGAAUGCUUUAUCUCUUAUCAAAUGUGACGGAAUUGUCGGCCGACGAGCGAGAACUGGACGAUAAGCAGCGAGAGAUCGCUUUAAAAGCGUUACAUCACUACACGAAUAGAGAGGAAUGGCAUUCAUUGGUCCAAAAGUAUAAAUUUGAUACAAAUGCGUUGAUAAUAGACACCGGUUGUGAAGAAUGUACAAACAAGACAAUUGAUCCCAACCCUAAAGAUCUGCUAAUCUAUUUGCACGCACUUUGUUAUAAAGGCGAAGGUUUUGAAUACAAGACAGCGCUUCCAGUCUGGGCUUUGGAUGAUUGGGAUUAUGACUGA